AUGCAGGACUGGGGCACUGCAGCCCUGUUGAGGACAACACGUCCCAAGACGUACAAAAGACAACUCGGCCACCUGGAAGAUCGCCGCUCCAUGAGUCGUAAAGCCAUCGGCAGUGCGACCCCCCGAUCGCGGAAACGUUGGGGCCAGCAGCUCGAGACGCAAUGCGAUUCGCGAGGGGGGCACAUCCCGCCCACAUCACUAGCUGGGGAAAUGAUGAUGCACCGUUAUCCCACGGGGGCGUCGUGGGGUACUGGACCAAGCCCUCGGCGAAAGCUCACUAAUCUGCGUGCCUUGACUUGCUUGGAGAGUGAGGCUGCAGAAGGGAGCAUCCCGGGCAGACAAGUGUCGUCGGCGCAGGAUGAAACCUGUUUGACAGGCAGACAGACAGCAGCCAGCCAGACGGGCAAACGUGCAGACGGGCAGACGCAGUCAGAAUCCUCCAUCUGUCAACGCAUCGGCAGUGGCGCGUCGGAUUUCAAGCCGGGCGAUCUCUCAUCGGCGAAGCACCAAAUCACCCCUGGUCAGAGUCGCACCGGACGAACGCACAUGCUGGCAUGGAGCACGACUAGUCCGUACUACUCUGUGGUACUCUAUGCGGCCUUGCACACGCGUAGGUUGGGCCAUCUUCCGGACAAACCCAGCCUUGUCCAAGUGGUGAGGUUGUCGUACGCGCUCAGGACAGGCGCAAGCGCUGCCGUCUUUUCCGUGUGCAACCCUCCGACCAGGGCACAAGUGCAAGCCCAUCAGAUUCCUUCGAGCCUCGAGGGCUACCACACACUCGCCGUUUCGGCGCCGGACCGGGCUGACUGGGAGUGGGUGGGAGUGGGCGGAAUUCAGAUGAGCAUGACCAAGCUUCCCUGGACCCUGAUGAACCAAGGAUGGGGUUUUCCGUCGCCCUCGAUCCCCGGUCCGAGCUUUCCAGUCAGCUCAAGGCUUGCCCGAAAGCGUGGUAAUUACUAUGCUUCAUCAAUCAGCGACGACAAGAGCCAGCUGUGGGGUGGACUGGACCCCGUCGGGCCUGCGGCUGCGGCUGUUGGCUGUUGCAAAAUCGCUCAGUGA